AUGAAUCUCACCUUGAAGCGCCAUUUCAGUCAACACGCCUCUCUAUGUCUCACACCUUCAGUUUCAUCCUCUUCUCUGACAAAACAAUAUCGGAUCCAGGAGCUCUGUAAUUCGAGUCGACUCACGGACGCCAUUCGGAUCCUAAACUCAACAGACUCAUGUGAAAUCUCCACCAAGCCGAAUCUCUACGCGUCUCUCCUGCAAACAUGCACCAAAGUCUUCUCUUUCUUCCACGGCCUUCAGUUUCACGCCCAUGUCGUCAAAUCGGGUCUGGAUACGGACCGGUACGUUGGGAACAGCUUGCUCUCCCUUUACUUCAAGCUGGGACCCGGUAUGAGGGAGACCCGGAGAGUUUUCGACGGAAAGUUCGUCAAAGACGCCACCUCCUGGAGCUCAAUGAUGUCUGGAUACGUCGCCGGUAAAGAACAUUUCAAGGCGCUUGAGAUGUUCGUGGAGAUGGUGAGUUUUGGUUUAGAGCCGAACGAGUACACGUUGUCUUCUGCAGUUAAGGCUUGCUCUGAGACCGGAGAAAUCAGGCUAGGGAAGUGCUUCCAUGGUGUUGUCAUCACUCGUGGGUUCGAGUGGAACCAGUUCAUCUCUAGCGCAUUGGCGAAUAUGUAUGGCGUGAAUCGAGAACCAGUAGAUGCACGCAGGGUGUUUGACGAAAUGCCUGAACCAGAUGUUUUUUGUUGGACAGCUGUACUUUCCGCGUUUUCCAAGAACGACUUGUACGAGGAAGCUUUGGGACUGUUUCACGCGAUGCAUAGAGGAAAAGGAUUGGUGCCUGAUGGGUCUACAUUUGGGACUGUUUUGACGGCUUGUGGUAAUCUGAGGAGGCUGAAACAAGGGAGAGAGAUUCAUGGGAAGCUUGUAACAAAUGGGAUAGGCAGGAAUGUGGUUGUGGAGAGUAGUCUUCUUGAUAUGUAUGGCAAAUGCGGAUCAGUACGGGAAGCUAGGCAAGUGUUCAAUGGGAUGUCUAGGAAGAACACGGUAUCUUGGUCUGCUUUGCUCGGGGGAUACUGUCAGAACGGAGAGCAUGAGAAAGUGAUUGAGUUGUUCAGGGAAAUGGAAGAGAAAGAUCUCUACUGUUUCGGGACUGUGCUUAAGGCGUGUGCUGGUUUGGCUGCGCUGAGACUUGGGAAAGAGAUUCACGGCCAGUACGUUAGAAGAGGGUGUCAUGAUAAUGUGAUUGUUGAAUCAGCUUUAGUCGACGUUUAUGGGAAAUCCGGGUGUAUAGAUUCUGCUACUCGUGUAUACUCCAAGAUGUCAGUUAGGAAUAUGAUAACAUGGAACGCAAUGCUUUCUGCGCUGGCUCAGAAUGGAAGAGGUGAAGAAGCUGUCAGUUUCUUCAAUGAUUUGGUUAAAAAGGGGAUAAAGCCUGACUACAUCAGUUUUAUAGCGGUUCUCACUGCAUGUAGUCAUACGGGUUUGGUUGAGGAAGGACGAAAUUACUUUACGUUGAUGGCUAAGAGUUACGGGAUUAAACCAGGUACUGAGCAUUACAGCUGCAUGAUUGACCUUCUAGGCCGUGCAGGGUUGUUUGAAGAAGCAGAGAAGCUGUUAGAGAGAGCAGAGUGUAGAGAUGAUGCGUCUCUGUGGGGAGUUCUGCUUGGACCUUGUGCCGCAGAUGCAGAUGCUUCCGGUAUUGCAGAGCGGGUUGCAAAGAGAAUGAUGGAGUUGGAACCAAAGAACCACAUGAGUUAUGUGCUUCUAAGUAACAUGUACAAGUCGAUAGGUCGCCAUGGUGAUGCACUCGAGAUUCGUAGGUUAAUGGUGAGAAGAGGAGUAGCAAAGACGAUUGGACAGAGCUGGAUUGAUGCUCAUUAG